UCGAAUGCAAUGAAAACGUGUGCAACAAAAUUGACCAAAGCAGAAAAAAAGGCGCUGAGAAAGCAGACGAGACUAAUUCAUAGUCUUCGCAGGAAUAAUUCCGAACUUGCCAUAGUUUCAGAAUCGCCCACUCGCCAUCUGAUGGUCGGAAAUGGAGGGUUUAUGUGUGGCAUAGACCGAAAGCUAAUUUUCAACUUUUUUCAGAAGUUUGGAAACAUAGAGCGGCUUCUGAUGUUCCCUGGUAGAUCCUUUUCAUUUAUCACCUUUGAGCAUGUCAGUGAAUCACUUAAGGCAAUGGAAAAAGUGCACGGUCGUGUUUUAGACUGUCCUUCAGAGUUUCCGAGACCCGACGUCAGAUUCUACCUUUCAUUCCUCACAAAUUUACCCGAUGAUGUUUCGUUUGAAAAACAGGCCACACCAUCAGGUCUUGUGUUAGUGGAUGAUUUUGUGACGGAGGCAGAAGAGGAGCAGUUAAUUCAAGUACUGGGAUGGGGAAGUGAAGGGAAUGAGGUUGAGAUUCAAGGCACAGCAAAUCAGGAACUUCGUCAUAGGAGAGUCAAACAUUUUGGCUACGAGUUUUUGUAUCGAUCAAAUAAUGUAGACAAAUCAAAUCCUUUACCUGAUGGUUUUCCUGGUGUUUGUGACGUACUGUUGGAUCGUGUCCAGGAGAAAGUCAUGUUCAAACCAGAUCAAAUGACAGUUAACGAAUACAAGCCAGGCCAAGGUAUUCCACCUCACAUUGACACUCACUCUGCUUUUGAAGAUGGAAUAGUUUCACUCAGCCUUGGAUCUCAGGUCACAAUGGAGUUUCGUCAUCCGGAUGGUAGACACGUGCCAGUUGUUUUACCAAGGAGAAGUUUAUUGGUCAUGACUGGUGAAAGCAGAUAUCUUUGGAGUCACGGUAUAACACCUCGAAAAUACGAUAUUAUACAUGAUGCCAAAAGUACAUCAAACGAGGGGACUGGUUACGUUAAAAUCUCCAAGGAACCUGAAACAGUCAUUGCAGAGGGCACUCAUAAUAAAAGAGCCGAAGAAGGAACUACUCUGUUUGAAAGACAAACAAGGAUUUCGCUAACACUUCGCAAAGUCCGCCACACUCCGUGUGACUGCGCCUUCUCAGCUCAGUGUGAUUCGCAAACUGGAAGCAAGACUGCUCCCGAACUCUCGCCUCCGUCCAGUGUUCCAACAACGAUUGGAGAAGCGCAAAAUCUGGAAAAGCUCCACGUGCACGAAGUGUACGAAAAGAUUGCGCCACAUUUCAGUGGAACACGGCACAGCCCUUGGCCAAAAGUGGCAGACUUUCUGCGGAAUCAACCAGUCGGGAGUCUGGUGGCGGAUGUAGGAUGUGGAAACGGCAAAUAUCUUGGGAUUAAUGAUAAUCUAUUCAAAACAGGUUCUGAUAGAAGUUUUAACUUGGCUUCUAUCUGCCGAGAGCGGGGAUAUUCUGUGAUUGUGUGUGAUAUCUUGUCAUUGCCAUACAGGACUGAUGUGUUUGAUGUAUGUCUCUGCAUCGCAGUUCUUCAUCACCUUGCUACGGCCGAGCGACGUCUGGUUGGUCUAAAGGAACUGGUUCGAAUAACACGCCCAGGGGGAUUGGUACUCGUGUACGUAUGGGCUUUAGAACAGGAAGUGAAAAAAGUUAAAAAGAAACAUCUGAAGGAAGUGGAUUUCACCGAAAGUAAUAAUCAUCGCACCGAACAGGAAAACCUAAGUAACAAAAACGAGUUUUUGAAAGAAAGCAAAACCAUCGAAAACUUUCCCUCAAAUAACGAACCAUCCCCUAAUAAAUCCGAAACUUUAGAUCAUAAUUGUUCAUCGAGAUUGAUGGUUAAUGCUAGCCGGGAUUCGUUUGAACAACAAGAUUUAUUUGUGCCGUGGAAAUACAGCGGCCCAGGAAAACAACAUGAGAAACGGAGAAAAGACGCUGAAGGGUCAGGAGAAGGUACAGAGGGUCACGUGUACCACAGGUAUUAUCACGUGUUUCAAGAUGGCGAGCUCCGAAACCUUUGUAGCCGCCUCAGUAACGUGACACUGGAGGAACAUUAUUACGACCGAGGGAACUGGUGCGUAAUGCUCAGGAAAAGUAAAUAGUGCCCGUGGAGGAGUGCGUGGGAAGAAUCUUAGCGACUGAUUAACUUGAUUAUAUUGACCAUUUAAGCGAAUAAGCAAAAAAUGGCUCUAUUCUGUUUGAAUUUUUUCUCUCGCAGCUCUGACGCUUAUCCCAUACCCACUGGACUCUCUCGUUCCCUCAGCACCUUUCAACAAUUAAAUGGCCGGGACUAAUGAGAAAAAAUAAUUUAGAAAGAUGGAAGUGUCGUUCAUGGAGAUGCAGAGGUAGCAUUUGGGGAAGGGAGAGACUCUCCCUAUAAGGGGACUUUCCCUUUGUUUCCUCUUGUAUUGAAUUGUCCUCGCCCUCACUAUCGGCCCCCGUUCUACGGGUAUGCAGACUCGUCAUACAUCUGGCCUACAGGAGGACAUUAGUACCGACACAAUUGAAAGUGUUUUAUUUUACAUGAAAAAUGUCAAAUAUAAAUUUACAUACAAUGUGCUUUGACUUGCGUUUUCCCUUUGUGUCCGAUCAAAAUGAUGACCUUCUCAGAGAAUCAAUUUGUAAAGGAAUAGCACAUGUCGUGUGAAUGUAACAAUACAGAACAGGAUUAAAAAAAAAAAAAAAACAAUACAUAAAAGAUCAGCAUCUUUCCAUUCUACUGUCGUGUCCUGACAAACUGACAGAAAUUAAACUUACAUUGGUUUAGUGCAGAAACAGGAGUGCUGAGUUGUGCACUGAAGUCGUUAAACUCCUCCCUUUGUGUCCGAUCAAAAUGAUGCCCUUCUCAGAGAAUCAGUUUGUAAAGGAAUAGCACACGUCGUGUGAAUGUAACAAUACAGAACAGGAUUA